AUGGCAGCUUCGAAGCCUGAUACGGAUUCCGUUUCAAACAUCCCAGAAUACGAGUACGGCAACGCAAACACCACUACGAUUCACAUUGAUUCCUUCAGAAAAGAGUGGCUGAAAAGACUACAGCCGUCAGAAUACUCCUACACCGCCGAGGACGAAGACACAUUUCACGCCAACUUCGCUCACGAGACUGGAAUCAGCGUGGAUACGAUGCGGGAGCUUCAAAAAGUCUGCAGCAUCUCCUCGCUUCGCUGCCAUCCCGAGGACGAGCAGCCUGACCCAGAAGUCGUACCUGAAGACUCCAUACUAAAAACUCUCGUGGAAAGGAAGAAAAAACAAGAUUACAAAUCAACGCUAAAAAUUAGCAAAAACAGACACGAACUGUACGCGGAUGAGCAGGAGCGACUGGCCACUACGAUGAACCCAGAAGCCGCGGAAAAUCGGGUCCCCGAAGGAGACGUCAUUCUGACCGUUAACGUGUACUAUCCAGCUACAUUCGAAAAGUUCUGCUACGUUCGGCCCCACGUGACCCUGUUGCUACUGGGCUCCCAAAAACUAACGGAACUACGGGACGCCAUUUGCUGCGCUAGCGACUUGCAGGUGUACGGCGAGUUCAGCAACAAUCCCGACGUGGCGCCAGAUUUCGUCAGCAAAGACCACUACAAAUCCGCAUUCUUUUUCCUUGAAGGCGUGUUUUAUAACGACAUGCGCUACCCGGAGUGCCGCGACAUCAGCCAGACCACGAUCACAUGGGCCAAGGCUAACAAAUUCCCCUCGUACACCCAGGCCAAUAUGGAGGACACCACGCUUGUGGAUCUCAAGGUGAAAGUGGGCUUCCCCUACCUCUACUGUCACCAAGGCGACUGCGAGCACGUUGUCAUCAUUACGGAUGUCAGGCUGACGCACAAGGACGACUGCCUGGACAGGACGUUGUACCCGAUGCUAAUACACAAACAUCGGAUCGCGACGCAGAAAUGCGCCGUUUGUUACACGUUCAUCGCCAGGUGGUGCACGGUCGGCGACCAGUUCGCGCCGAGUCACCCGUGUCUGUUUUGCGACAAGUGCUUUCGCAAGCUGCACUACGACGCCGACGGGAACAAGCUGGGAGAAUUUUUGGCUUAUCCUUACGUGGAUCGCGGCGCUUUCAACUGA